AUGGACGCUCUGUCGUCGGAUAUACAGGAGGAGGCACCCUGGUGUAUGCUUUUCGCUGAUGACAUUGUGCUUGUGGGUGAAGACGGACUCGAGGUACAGAGCAGACUUGAGGAGUGGCGGCGGAAACUGGAGAAUGUUGGCCUGAAGAUCAGCAGAUCUAAAACUGAACAUAUGUUCUGCGAUUUCGGCGGUCUCUCCGGUUUCGCUGCCAUAGACCUCGUUGGCGUUACAUUGCCAGUCUGCUCCGAUUUCAAGUACCUCGGUUCGCUCGUGCAGUGCGAUGGCGAUAUUGACCGUGACGUGAAAAACCGGAUUAGCACAGGAUGGAUGAAAUGGCGACAGACAGAUACGAGCCCCACAAGGCUCAUGUUCAUCUCGGAAGGCGCGGCGGGAAGAUUGACGGCCAUAUGCGGCCCCCGCUUCCACGUUGCUGCCAACGAGCUGAAUAAGCUGCGAGCCGAUUUCUGGCUCGACUUCUUCUUGGAAGGUGCGGCGAGAGGGCAGGCGGUCAUGUGCAACCCCCGCCUCCACGCCAUCACCGUUGAAGAAGAUCAGCUUCCGAAAUAG